AUGGUGAAGGAGGGGAUAGGAUCUGUCAGCUCAUCUCUGCAGCGUGGUGAAGUGCCGCAGGAGAGCAGGAUGCCUCCCGGGAGAAGCAGGGAUGGAGCCGGGUCAGGAGGCUGCAGGACGGCUGCUCUUCCGUCUGGGCUGCAGGCGGUGCUGGCGUGGGUCGUCCUGGUGCUGGUUGCAGGACGGGGAGGUGUGGAAGCGUGCCCCAACCCCUGCAGCUGCCUGGGGAACACGGUGGACUGCCAUGGCCUGGGGAUUAAAUCCGUACCCAGAAACAUCCCAAGAGGGACUGAGAGGCUUGAUCUGAACGGAAACAACCUGACAGUCGUCACCAAGACAGACUUCUCCGGUCUCAAACACCUCAGAGUCCUUCAUCUGAUGGAGAACCAGAUCAGUAAUGUUGAGAGAGGAGCUUUUGAUGAACUGAAGGAGCUGGAGAGACUUCGCCUCAACAAGAACCAUCUCAGCCAACUUCCAGAGCUGCUGUUUCAGAAGAAUGAAGUCCUUUCUCGACUGGACCUGAGUGAAAAUGCCAUUCAGGCCAUCCCAAGGAGAGCUUUCAGAGGAGCCACGGACCUCAAAAACCUUCAGCUGGAUAAAAACCACAUCAGCUGUAUCGAGGAGGGAGCGUUUCGAGCUCUGCGAUCGCUUGAGGUUCUCACGCUGAACAACAACAACAUCAGCAGUAUUCCAGUCUCCAGUUUCAACCACAUGCCCAAGCUCCGCACCUUUCGUCUCCACUCUAACUCUCUGCGCUGUGACUGUCACUUGGCCUGGCUCUCUCCGUGGCUGCGGCAGCGGGCGGCUUUAGGCCUCUACACUCAGUGCAGCUCUCCUCCAACGCUGAGAGGCCUCAACCUCGCUGAGCUGCGCAAGAGCGACUUUGCCUGCUCAGGCCACGGCGGCAGCGCCUUCGUCCAGCCGUGCAGCUUGGCGUCCGGCUCUUGUCCUCCCAUGUGCUCCUGCAGCAAUAACAUCGUGGACUGUCGAGGGCGGGGCCUCACCGCUAUCCCCGCCCACCUGCCUGAGGCCAUGACCGAGAUUCGUUUGGAGCAGAAUGGCAUCAAGUCGGUUCCUCCAGGCGCCUUCACCUCCUACAAGAAACUCCGUCGAAUAGACCUGAGUAACAACCAGAUAUCUGAGAUCGCUCCUGAUGCUUUCCACGGCCUCCGAGCUCUCAACUCACUGGUUCUGUAUGGAAAUAAGAUUACGGAGCUGCCCAGUGGCGUGUUUGAUGGCCUGGCCUCUCUGGAGCUGCUGUUGCUGAAUGCCAAUAAGAUCCACUGCAUCAGAGCCUCCGUGUUCAAAGAUCUGGAGAAUUUGGCUCUGCUGUCGCUUUAUGACAACAAAAUCCAGAGUCUGGCAAAAGGCACCUUCAGUUCCCUGCACAGCAUCCAGACACUCCACCUGGCCCAGAACCCCUUCGUGUGUGACUGUAAUGUGAAGUGGCUGGCCGACUUCCUGCGCUCCAACCCCAUAGAGACCAGCGGAGCGCGCUGCGCCAGCCCUCGCCGCCUCGCCAACAAACGCAUCGCACAGAUCAAGAGCAGCAAGUUCCGCUGCUCCGCCAAGGAGCAGUACCACAUCCCAGGUACUGAGGACAGGCGUCUGAGCUUUGAGUGUAACAGUAAGCCGGUGUGUCCUGCGAAGUGUCGCUGUGAAGCGAACGUGGUGGACUGCUCCAACCUCCGCCUCACCAAGUUCCCUGAACACCUGCCGUCCUCCACCGAAGAGCUGCGUCUCAACAACAACGACCUCUCCGUGCUGGAGGCCACCGGAGCCUUCAAGGGCCUGUCGCAACUCAAGAAAAUUAACUUGAGCAACAACAAGAUCUCAGAGAUCGAGGACGGGGCGUUUGAUGGAGCUUCCUCUGUGGUCGAGCUUCACCUGACAGCCAAUCACCUGGAGUCUGUGAGAGGGAGCAUGCUCAAAGGCAUGGAGGGACUUCGCAUGCUGAUGCUGAGGAACAACAAGAUCAGCUGUAUCCAUAACGGCAGCUUCACAGGUCUUAGCAACGUCAGGCUGCUCUCCCUUUACGACAACCAGCUUAGCACCAUCCUGCCAGGAGCCUUCGACACCCUGCCCAACCUGUCCACGCUGAAUCUUCUGGCCAAUCCUUUUAACUGUGACUGCCGUCUGUCCUGGUUCGGGGCGUGGCUUCGGAGCCGAAGAAUCGUGACGGGGAAUCCUCGCUGCCAGGGCCCCGCCUUCCUUCGAGAGAUACCGCUGCAGGACGUCGCUGUACCGGAUUUCCGCUGCGAGGACGGCUCUGUUCUGGAUGACAGCAGCUGUGCCCCGGGGCCGCAGUGUCCGAGCCAGUGCACCUGUAUGGACACAGUGGUCCGCUGCAGCAACAAACACCUGCAGGCUCUGCCCAGAGGACUCCCUCGUAACGUCACCGAACUGUAUCUGGAUGGAAACCAGUUCACCAGCGUUCCUAAGGAGUUGGCCACUUUCAGAUACCUGCAGCUUGUAGAUCUGAGCAACAAUAAAAUCAGCUCCCUGUCGGAUGACUCCUUCUCCAACAUGAGCCAGCUCACCACUCUGAUCCUCAGUUACAACUCUCUGCGCUGCAUCCCUCCUCUGGCUCUGGGAGGCCUGCGCUCUCUGAGACUGCUCUCUCUCCAUGGCAACGACAUCUCGGAGCUGCAGCAGGGCAUCUUCAGCGACGUGGCCUCCCUGUCUCACCUAGCGAUCGGAGCCAACCCUCUGUACUGUGACUGCCGUCUGCUCUGGCUGUCAGACUGGGUGAAGAGCGGCUAUAAGGAGCCCGGCAUCGCCCGCUGUGCCGGACCGCGCGGUAUGGAGGGCAAGCUGUUGCUCACCACUCCCGCAGACAAGUUCCAGUGUCUGGGUCCGGUAGAGGCGUCUGUUCAGGCCAAAUGCAGCCCAUGUGUGACCUCUCCCUGCCAGAACCAGGGUGUCUGUCAAGUGGACCACACGGAGCUGUACACCUGUACCUGCAAGUCCGGCUUCACGGGUAAACACUGUGAGACACCAGUCGAUGCCUGUGUCAGUAAUCCUUGCACCAACGGAGGAAUCUGCAUCAGUGACGAACAGACCAGAGGGUUCAGCUGUGCGUGUGCGUUUGGAUUCCACGGGACUUUCUGCGAGGUGAACGUGGACGACUGCGAGGACCACGGAUGUGAGAAUGACGCCACCUGUGUGGACGGGGUGGGCAACUACACCUGCGUGUGUCCUCCAAACUACACAGGUCUGUUUUGUGAGGAGGUGGAGGGUGUGUGUUCUCCAGGUAGAAGCCCUUGUCAGCAUCAGUCCACCUGCAUCAGCAGUCCUACUGGCCCCAGGUGUGUGUGUAUUCCAGGCUGGGUGGGGCCAGACUGCAGCAUAGAUUAUAAUGAAUGUGUGGACCAUCGCUGCCAGAACGGGGCUCAGUGUGUUGACCAUCUGGAUGGCUACAGCUGCGUCUGUCCGCAGGGAUACAGUGGUGAGUUUUGUGAAGUGGCUCUUCCUCCCGCGUCUCUCUGCCAGCUGACUCAGUGUCAGAAUGGCGCCCCCUGUGUGGAGAAGACGGGCACUGCGGUCUGUCAGUGCCUGCCAGGGUUCGAGGGUCAGAGCUGCGAGAAGCUGGUCAGCGUCAACUUUGUGGACAGGGACUCCUACGUUCAGCUGCAAGACGUCAAGAACUGGCCUCAAGCCAACAUCACGCUGCAGGUGUCAACUGCAGAGGAAAAUGGUAUCUUGCUGUAUAACGGAGACAACGAACCAAUCGCUGUGGAGCUCCAUCAGGGUCACGUCAGGGUCACGUAUGACCCCGGGAACCAGCCUGCCACUGCUAUCUACAGCACUGAGACGGUGAAUGACGGGCAGUUUCACACGGUGGAGCUGGUGACCUUUAACCGGAUGGUGAACCUGUCUGUGGACGGAGGAGAGCCCACCACUCUGGACAGUCAGGGCCCGAGCCAGCCGGCGACAGGGGACGCUCCUCUGUACGUAGGAGGAAUGCCUGAGGCAGCGAUGGACGCCUCUCCAGGUCUCUCCUCUCAGACUCUCAACAUGUCCAGUUUCCAUGGCUGCAUCAGGAACCUCUACAUCAACCACGAGCUGCAGGACUUCACCCGCAGCCACAUGAAGCCGGGGGUGGUGCCGGGCUGUCAGCCCUGCCGCAAACUCUACUGCCUGCACGGCAUCUGCCAGCCCGACGCUGCACAGGGUCCUCAGUGUCACUGCCAGCCAGGCUGGACGGGACAACACUGUGACCAGCCAGCAGCAGGAAGUCUCACUGCAGCAGAUGUUGUCACCUCAGCAACCGGUGUCAGUCCGUGCGAAGGCAGCAAGUGUGUGAGGGGUGUGUGCGUGGCGCUGGACUCACAGACAUACAGCUGUGACUGUGAGGAAGGAUACCGCGGCGCGCUGUGUAACCUGCAGGAGGAGCCGGCCGCUACGUGCCAGGGUCUGCAGUGUCUGCACGGCCGGUGUGAGGAGACGGAGGACGGGCAGCGCUGCCUCUGUGAGCAGGGAUACAGCGGAGAGAGCUGUGAUAUCGAGUCCCCGUGUCGAGGCGAGCCGGUGAGAGACUACCACCGGCUGCAGCACGGGACCGUCCUCUGCCAGACGUCCAAGCCCUUCUCGUGGGUGGAGUGUCGUGGCCGGUGCCAGGCAGGAACCGCGCCGGGCGCCGUCCCCGCUUCCUGCUGCGCCCCGCUGAGGGUCCGGCGUCGGCGGCUCACCUUCGAAUGCGAUGAUGGGACCUCGUUCACGCAGGACGUGGAAAAACCUGUGGAAUGUGGCUGCAAGGAGUGUGUGUAGUGCUGUGGAUGUAACAGUGCGCACAUACACAUACACACACGCCGACACACACACACACGUUUAAACACAACACACACACCAAGCUAAAGAGGUACACACACUGUAGGGAUUCUAUCACUGAUAAACGGACAUUUUGGUGUUUGUUUUGUGUGUUUUUUCGCGCACAGACGCAGUUUUUUGUAACAUAAGACCGUUCUUCCCUCUCGAAACAUGAAAUCAACGAGUCAACCUCAUCGUCAUCUUCCUUCUCUUCUUCACCUGCUGCAGGAGAACCUGCCUGCGCGCUAACUACCUAACUAACUCCAGCUCAUUUUUAAUACUCGUGUGUUAAAAAGCCUCCGUAUGCCUUCUGGUGUGUGUUUCUGAUUUGUGGCUGCUUCAGUGCUGCUCUUCACGGCCGCAACGACGAGCUCAUCAAGAGAAAUAAAGGUACUCAUUUAAGCUGGGGACUCGUUUAUGAAAUAAAAGGAAAUUUAUCAGUCAAAAAGAUCAUUCAGUUUUGUAAAGAUGUGAAGAUUUCACCUGUCAGACUUUGACCUGGUCCACAUGUAUGCAGGUAUUUUUUUCAUAAAUGUAGGUUUUUCUAUGAGUUUGUAUGAGCUUUAAAUCCACAUGCAAACAAUGUUUAAGGUCACUGAAAUGCCGUCCGGGGUGAAGAUUUUACAGAGACAUCAGAAUUUUUAGCUCGUAAGGUCAGAGUGCGCCAUAACCUCACAAAGGAGGCGGCAUUUCCGGAAAAUGUGCCCAAAAUCGUGCUGGUUUUCACCUCGCGAACAAGACUUUUUACAUGUAUAAAUGCACAGUUAUUCUUCUUGUAUACUGACGCACAUAGGAAGCAACUUCACACCGCCUUGAAUGUUAUAUUAAUAAUAUUCCUUCUGGACUUUUCAGACCGUUUUAGCCACUUGCUGCUCAGAGUAAGUGGCAGCAUCACAUCUCCCUCUCUCCUGUCUUGCUGUGUGCAGCAAAGUUACUGCAUAGAGGGAAGACGGUGCAUUACAAGCUUCACCAAUGCAAUGAAAUCAUAUGCAUUUUUUGUCUCCUGAGUAGGUGAAGUCACCUUUUCUGCCACUCGUUGGAGCAUUGUGAACAUCAAGAAUAAUAGAUUUAUAUUUUAUUUUGUAAACAUUACAUAUUUACACAGAUAACAGUCACAUAUAGCAUGAAGAAAAUGAGUUAUCUAGUAUGUCUGUUAAUGGUUUUGACACAGUCUUGCAAGACUUUGGACAACGCUUAACGCUAAUACCUAUUCUACAAGAACCGAGAAAUUUGUUCUCUCUCUGGUUUGGGAGUUCUCGCAGCUUGUUCUCGACGCAUCAUCUGGGCAGAACUUUUUUCUUGCAUGGUGUCUGACAACUAUUGUGUAAUUGGUCAGAAAUGUGGAAAUGUCCUGUCCAGAACUAACUUUGUUCUUGUUCUUGCCACCUCGAGAAAACAAACAAAUUUCUCUGCUCUUGAGGAGUAUUUAUUAGCCUUUACGAUAUCUAAGUUUUAGGUCGUGUUAGAGUAAAUUGCUGAGACAGAGAGAAAUCCGGAACAAAGUUAAACUUUGUAUUUGUCCUGUGAAAACUGUCCAAUAUUUACUUAGGUGACUCUGGGACAAAAGACGCUCAUAAGUUCACUUUAAUUUCUCCUGUUGGAAACAACAGACCUGCUGCUGGUCUCCUAAAGAGUAACUAAACCCACUUGACAGAGAUAAAGUAACUGAUUGGUCAGUGAAGUGUCUCGCUUCUAAACUAACUCUGGCAGUUUCUUUUAUAUGUGUCUGAGAGGUCUGGGGCUGCUCAUAAAACAUUCCUUUUGUGAAAUAGGGAAGAAAUCCUGUUUUUAAAAGUACCUGUGUACGUGUGGACCAGGCCUUCAUGCACUGAAGUCUGUCGGUCUGGUGAAAGAGGUGAAAUAAAACCACAUUUUACAGUACUUACUGCAGAGUUGACUGCUGUUUAGGCUCUCAUGUUUCUUCUUCACUGCUGAGGGUUUAACCACCAAGUGAUUGGAGCAGUUCAACAGAUUUUAUGAGCUGAUGUUAAUCUGUAACCUCCUAAAAAUGUAUCUGCCUCACAAAAUUUAAGCGAGUAUAAACUCUAAAACACAGAAUGGGCACAAAAUAAGAGAUAUUUCUAACAUCCGGCUUCAGCUGUCUUCUGUGUAAACUGUGGGGAUAAUAUUUAUAACUCAAAGGAAGUGGAAGCAGAGAUAAUAUCAGUGACAAGCUAAAGAACAGAACAGGCUGCACCUAGUGACGUUAAACAGAGCAGUUCAUGCAUUUUAUUUCUCACUUCUAACAUAAUAUUUUGUAAAUCAAAUAGAGUUGAAGGUUGUGGCUUUACGGUUCUGCCCAUUUUUUAUAUUUAGGUGCACAGCGACACCUCUGCUCACAGUAGAAACCUCUUAAAUUGAAAAAAUAAACCCGGGUCAUCGAGUUCAAGUCGCAAUCCAAACGGAAAGAAAAAGGUCAGCUCACCAACACGCAGCCUGAAGGUCAGAGGUCACAGUGUUCACGGCGGGACAGCAGAGGGGUCAUGACACGUUCCCAUCGCUGCUCACCAGACGCCCUUUCUCCCAGUUCAGACUGGGCUGGGAGUGUGUGUGUGUGUGUGUGUGUGUGUGUUGUACUUCUAUCCUUGUGAGGACCAGCAUUUAUAGACCGCGAGACUGACGAUAAUGUGUCCGUUUCAUUCUUCUUUAAAGGUCUGUUUUAGGGUUUCAUCUUGGUUUCUUGAGUUAUUGCUCGAGCUGUUUAUUAAAACCUCAAUACUGUUAUGGUACAGAGCAAAAUGCGUCUAGAACCAGGUUUUUUAACCCUCUGAACCCCACAAAAAAAAUGUUUUUUUAUUUUAAAAAUAGCCAAAAAUUCUCCGUCUGCACUAACCAGAUCCUGUUAAAAAUAUUAAAUUCUGCUCCUCAGAGACACUGUGAAGACAUGAUUGAUUCUGCUGAGACCAACGGUCACAUGACAAAUAUUCACUGAAAAUCUGUUUACACAGAGCAGAGAGGAGAGGACAGGAGAGGCUGUUGACACAGAGCAGAGAGGAGAGGACAGGAGAGGCUGUUGACACAGAGCAGAGAGGAGAGGACAGGAGAGGCUGUUUACACAGAGCAGAGGGGAGAGGACAUGAGAGGCUGUUUACACAGAGCAGAGGGGAGAGGACAGGAGAGGCUGUUUACACAGAGCAGAGAGGAGAGGCUGUUUACACAGAGCAGAGGGGAGAGGACAGGAGAGGCUGGAAACAUGACAAUACUUCAAUAUAUACAAUAUGUGGAGACACAAUUGUUCCCCAAUAUUCAUGACACUUGUGGGCACCUGGAAAAGUAUUCUAUAGUAUAUAUAAAUUACAUUUUAUUCCAAUUUAAAAAUAUAUAUAUAUAUAUAUCAGAGAAAUUCAACUUUAGUUUUUGCUUUUUUCAUGAUUUCUGUCAUUCUAACUGUGUUAUUCUGCACGAAGACAUGUUUGAGUUGUUCCCACUUCUUGCCAUGAUUGUGCUGAUUCCAUUGAGCUGCAGGACUUAAUAUAUAUUUUAUAUAUUGCAGUGAAAUACAAGGACACAGAGAGGAAAAUGCAAAAAGAAUUAAGUUAAUUGUACUUUAAUAAAUAUUUUUCUCAUUUUUCUAUCUCUCAACCUAAGUUUCAGACGUGUAUGGAUAUAGAAAUGAAAUUUUUGUAUUGAAACAUCAGUAAAUUUCAAAUAAUUCAGACCUGCAAAAAGGGUUUGGGAUCAGCCUCAAACAGUGGAGGCUAAGGAACGCUUUAUGUGAACUAAGGUCCUCACAAGUAUAGAAGUUCAGUGUUGUGUGUGUGUGUGUAUGUGCGUGUGGGUGUGUGUUUGUCACUAUAAGACGCUUCCAACAACAAGACGCUGUCCCCGAUAAUGAGCUUCAUUAUACGACGACGCAGUGUGUUUGUUCGGAUCAAACGCUUCCUCUCCGAUUUGUCAGAAGAGCCAGUGAACGCAUCGUGGAAAUGCCACAAAAAAUGUAGCUUUUAUAUAUGAUGACAUGUUAUUUAUAUGGAUGUGAAACUAAAAUAAAGGUGCGUAAUAUUAAGUUUUAACAUGUUUUUAUUUGUUGUUGUUUUGUUUUUUUAGUUACAUUUUUCCCAUAAAAAGCCGACGAGUUGUGUCAUAAAUCAGAUUCAAACUAAUGUAGCUUUUAUUAUAAUUAUAAUUAUUAUUAUUAUAACUGCAAUACAUCUACACACAAUAACAGCCUAACAGAUUGUAAUAUAUAUUAUGAGCUUAUAAUGCAUUUGGUUUUGUCAUAGUAUUUUUAUAUGUUGAAGAGGAUGUUGUCACUGUAUCAUCUGUAGACUGUAGAGAGAAAUCUUUGUUUUUCAGUUGCCAAGAAAAAAAAAAAAGUUUCCAAACCAACCUCGCAUCACUGAUGGGGAAUUUUACAACAAAAAAAAAGAGAAAAAAAUAGUGUUUGGGUUCAUGUUGUCUCACCUGAAAAG